AUGUUCAAAUUGUCAGAACUUGUUCGUUGGCUCGGCCUAACCGAAUUUGAAAUAUUGGUUAACCUAUGCGGAAUGCUUACAUUUACAAUCAUACUCGCAUUGAAAAUAUCUGGAACUUAUUCAAAUUCUGUAAUCGAUUGGUUUACCGCAUUUAGCCCCUUAUUUUGUAUAGACAUUUUUAAUGCAUAUUUUUGUGUGAUCGUGGGCAUUCGAAUGUAUUUGGAUUCCGAUAACAAGCGGAAAGCACUCCACAGAGUUAUGUGGAGUACAUACUUCCUGGUACUUAUAUCAAUAUUUAAAUAUUUGUUGUGUUUAAAAUUAUCUGGGCAAACUGGCCUUGAAUAUAGUGAGGUUUUUUCCCCAAUUUUUGUUUUACUUCAGUUGGUUGCAAUAAGAGCUUGUCAAAUACCUAAUUCAUAAUAAAAUUUAUAUCUAUAAAA